AUGCGUGGAAGCAAUACUGUUCGGCAAGCUCUAUGCGUUAAAGUAAGUUUUUAUUUGAUAACUGAAAAUAAUUUUUGGAAUUUAAAUAAAUUUCUUUUCAGAAUGCAAAUGUUCAAGCACCAGUUAAUCAGCAAUCAAAUAAGCAAAUGCAAAAUGAUACUCAGCAAAAAAUUGGCGCCGGUGGAAAAAUGACAAGACAAAUCGGACGAACAAAUCUUCUAAUAGAAUCUCGAAAACCACGAGACUUCUCGCCGAAAAUUAUGGCGAAUGAGGAGAAUUUUGAGAUUUUUGAAGAUGGAGGGGAGAAUAGUCAAGAGGACAAUAACAUGUUGCAUGAAUUGGAUCGGAAAAUGGAACAACAACAAAAAACAGAGAUGAAGCAAGAAGUUGUGCAAAAUUAUCCAAGAAAGCAAUUUCUGAUGGCUCGUGAAAUGUCGGAAACUCUUUCAGUUUGUGAUGAAAUGUCGACAGCUCCACCGUCUGUUAUGGGUUUUAUUGAUGAUGAUGAUUUUGAUGUUAGUUUUUUUUUUCAAAAAAAAAAUCCCGAAAACCUUUUAAUUAUUCUGUCUGCCGGUUGCCCCUUUUCAAUCCGAUAAUAUCUUUUUUCUAACGAAAACAGGUGUGACAAAGAGCGAAACAGAUGUUGUGAGAUUUCUUGAUAUCUAAUUCGUUCUUUAUUUCAGAGAUGUUCGGUAAUCUCAUCGGCCACAACAUCAAUCCGUGCCGAAUUCUCACAAAUCAAUGUGAAAGUCGAAGAAUAUCCCAAAAUCUCGAAAAAUCCAUUCCAAGAUUCGGAUGCUGAUUCGAAAUAUGCAAAAACGUUGGCUGAAAGAGAGCGAAAACUCGAUGAAAUGCUAACAUGUGAUGAAUAUUUCAAAGACAUCUUCAAAUAUAUGGCAGAUCGGGGGACAAAAAUUCGGCCUUCUUCAAAAUAUAUGCAAAAACAGGCGGAUAUCACUGUUGAGAUGCGAUCGAUUCUCAUUGAUUGGUUCAAUGAUGUAGCAAUUGAAUAUGGUUUGCAACAAGAAACACUGCAUUUGGCUGUUAGUUUGGUUGAUCGAGUUUUGUCGAAGUUUUGUGUUGAAAAACAUCGGCUGCAACUUGUUGGAACGACAGCGCUUAUGAUUGCUUCGAAAUAUGAAGAAAUCUAUCCGCCAGAGUUGCGCGACUUUGCUGAAAUCACUGAUUCAACUUGCAAAGCCGAUCAAAUUCUAAUGAUGGAACGAUAUUUGUUGGCCCAAUUGAAUUAUGUUAUAUCUGCACCAACAGUUUCCUGGUUUGCCACAUGUUUGGCUAAAAGACAUGGAGCCAAAAAGUGAGUUUUCUAAAUAAUCAAAUUUUUCACCAACAAAUAAUAAUUUUUCAGGAAGACGCGUCAAUUGAUGGAAUAUUUGGUAGAUUUGGCCAUGCUGGGUUAUGAAUUUUUGAAAUUCCGACCAUCUCAUGUCGCUGCCGCUGCACUCUGUUUCGCAAAUGUUGUUCUUGGAGAAGAGGAAAUUUGGUCGGGAAAAGUUGCACAAGAAACUGAAAUUCGAUUGAACAGUUUUGUUGUUGUUUUGCCACAUUUAUAUAAGUAUGUUUUUUAUCUACACAGGAAAAGGAAAAUGAAAAAUUGGUGCAUUUUUGGCCAAAUUAUGCUCAAAAUUUGAUUUUUGAAAAACUGGUCAGAACUUGGCCAAUAAACGAAUUGGUGCAUUUUUGACCAAACAUUUUUAAAGUUAAAAUUUGGCCAUUUUUUGAGCAAUUCACUGUUUUGGCCAGAUUAUUCUCAACAUUUUUGUCAGAAAUUGACCAAAAGACUCCGAUUAUCUGAUAAUAGGCCAAUUUUGACCGAAAAACGAAUAAGCGAAUUUUUGGUCAGCUCAAAAAUAAUUUUUUAUUAUUAUUCUAAUUUUUGUUUUUUUCAGGGCAUUCACUUCGGCCAGUCAAGGUGAUACACUUUCAAUCUACAACAAAUACAGCGAUGCCGGUUAUGGAAGUGUUUCACAAUUGCCAGCACCACAAAAUGUAUAUGUUAUUCCAUAUGAAAUGAUGAUGUCAAAUUGCCCUGAAAUGCUGUCAUUUUUGCCAGCAUAA